AUGGAGAAAAGAGUUAGAAAGAAGAGCAAGAGAUUGUCAGAGUCAAGCGGCCUCUAUGAAGAAGAUGAGCUGCCUAGAAAGAAGGCUAAGAGGACCAGAGCAACCACACUCCUCCAUGAUGAAACACCACCCAAACCUAACAAUAAAUCUUUACAAGGAAAUGGAUCUAAAAAAUUUAUAGUUUCCGUCGACUUCACUAAUAAUGAUGACCUGAAAUUGGGAGGAGUUCUACUGUCUCAACUCAAUCAACCACCUCAACGAAAUAAAACACGAAGGACAAGACGCUCCGUCAGCAUUGCUAGUAGCCAUAGCAACAGCAUCCCUGAAGAAAUCGUGUCCGUUAAACCAGAGAAAAUGAAAUUCAAAAACCCAAAAUUUUGUUUUUCGUACCUUGCUGGAAACAAAAAGAAAAGUUGGAAGAACUUUAAACAGAUUAUGACAAUGGAGAAGGGUCUCCAGUGGAGGGCAGAUGAUCCCAGAUAUGGUAGUCUAGAUGCCCCUCCCCUCCUCAAGCCUGCCAGGAAGUACUCUGACAUCUCAGGACUGUUGGCCAAGUACACAGAUCCUCUCACCUCUCUCUAUUACAGUACCACUGAGGAGUUCCAACUCAUACGAACUUUGACUCCUGAUAUAGUACAGAGCUAUCUCGCCCUUAGGGGAAAAACAACAAUUACAUGAUUUAAUUAUGCGUAUUUAAUUAAUAUAUAAUUAUACGCAUUUUUUCUUUUGUGCACA